GAGUGAGUGGGCGUUCUGGGACGCUACCCGGCAACACCUUCACCUGUUGACGCUCUCUUUUCAAGGUUAAGCAGGCGGCAGGCUGACUCCGAACAGCGGCGCUCCGUCUCCCUCGCGCUGCUGCGGCGUCCCGUAAGGGUGCGAGAGGGACAGGGCGCUGUUCGGACGGAGCCCACUGAUAGCCAUGGCGUUGGCGCGGUGGCGUCCGAGUGGUGCCGUUAUCGCCGGGGCGGCAGUGGGACGUAAAGGGCGGCGGGGAUCGUCCCGGACGCGGCCCCGCGAAGUGCCGCGAAGCCGGUGAUAGCAACGGGAGUAAAAGCAACAGGCUCGCGCGCGCGUCCGAGACACCGGCUUCACCAGCGCGCGGCACAACAAGCAACACCGAGCACAUCGACAUGGAGACCAUCGGCAUCCUGGGGAGCGGGCUGAUCGGCCGCAGCUGGGCGAUGCUGUUCGCCGCGGCCGGCUACCAGGUCAGGCUGUUCGACAUCGAGCCCAAGCAGGUGCAGGGCGCCUUGAAGGAGAUCGAGAGCCAGCUCGCCGAGCUGGAGAAGACCAAGCUGCUGCGCGGCACCAGGACCGCCAAGCAGCAGAUGGCGCUCAUCUCAGGCACCACUAGCCUCAAGGAGUGCGUGGCGGGCGCCUUGAUGGUGCAGGAGUGCACCCCGGAGAUCCUGGACAUCAAGAUGAAGGCCCUGCGUGACCUGGACGCCGUGGUCCAGGCCCCCACCAUCAUCGCCAGCUCCACGUCCACCCACAUGCCCUCCAUCCUCAGCAAGGACCUGAAGAACAAGGAGCGCUUCAUCGUGGCGCACCCGGUGAACCCGCCCUACUACGUCCGCCUGGUGGAGCUGGUGCCGGCGCCCUACACCGAGUCCUGGGUGGCCGUCAAGGUCAGGGCCAUCAUGGAGGAGACCGGGCAGGUGCCCGUGUCCCUCAAGAAGGAGGUCCCCGGCUUCUCCCUGAACCGCAUCCAGUACGUCAUCCUGAACGAGGUGUGGCGCCAGGUGGCGGACGGCGUCCUUGACGUCACCGACGUGGACAAGGUCAUGUCGGAGGGCCUCGGCCCCCGCUACGCCUUCCUGGGGGCGCUCGAGACCGCGCACCUCAACGCCGAGGGCAUGCAGAGCUACGCCGAGCGCUACGCGACCACGAUCCACAGCGUGAGCAGCGGAAUGGGCCCCGUGCCGCACAUGCAGGGCGCCGUCCUGGCCUCCGUGGACAAGCAGCUAUGCGACCGCAUCCCCCUGGACAAGCUGCAGGAGCGCCGGCAGUGGCGCGACGCCGCGCUCACCAAGCUGGCCGUCCUCAAGAAGGAGGUGGAGGCCAUGCCCAAGACCGGGCUCAGGAAGUGAAGAGGAUCACCAAGCUCUGGCCGCUCUGGCCAGGCCGCCGCAUCACGCGACUCUUGCCGCGUCGCAUCUCCACCACUGUAUGAACUUGCGAUAAUUAAAAGACUGUUUUCCUA